CAUACUUGCCCAUUCUCUACUCUGCACCUACAUUCCUCUAUAUCCCUGAUAUGGCUUCAACCUACCUUCCGGUCCACGUUGACCGCGAUACUAUCCGUCCUUGCAUCAUUGAUAUGCUAAGGCCGUUCACUGAUGUUGAAAGCGAGCAGCAGGCUAUCGAGCAGCAGAGCGAAUACGGGACGCCUUUCAUUGUGCUGGAGAAAGGUCACUUCACGGUCUACAAUGUUCCUGGCGGUCCGUUAAAGUGCGACUAUAUCUCCCGGAACUACAUUACCUUUAUGGCGAGGCAUCACUCCAAUAACCCAGACGUGUGGUCUAGUCUUCAGGAGCAAGAUGGCCUCAAGCUAUAUCCUGAACCACCAGCCGUCUACUUUAUCCACGAAAAGUGUAAAGAUGACAUUAUUGAAGGUUGGUCGAGCUGCAACACGGCUUUGAUUCGUUAUAGCGAGAAAGACACAAGAAGGUUUGCAGAGGCAGCCAGGGGCGCAGAUGGGUGCUGCAACCACUUUUUUGUCGUGUAUGAAGAUGGAAUCGAGCAGUGCUUCGAUUCCAACAACCCGGAAAACAGCUACACGCUCUCAAGCUUCCUCAAAUUCAUAUUUUUACCAGCAGUGAGGAGAGAUGCUGGCGCUAUUAAGCGGUUCGAGGAAGAAGACUGGCUGGUUGAAGAGGAGCAGUGGUCCAAACGCCUACCAAACGGAGAAUUCAGACUGAGGGAUGCAGACGGAAUCGAGGUUCGCGACGGCGAAGCGUUUUCAUUGGAUGUCAUAUGUGAAGAAGACAAGUACAUCCAAGAGUUCGAUGAUUACUGUCUUUCAUUUCUUGAGGAUGAACUCAUGGUCUAUUCUAAAAAUGACUGUGACCCGUUCACUUGCGAGAUGAUCGAUGGUAUUCUCUAUCUGAAGUGCAGUGACCAGUACCUACAUUGCUCUGAUGAUAAUAAUAACCAUAUAAACCUAUCCCCAGAGCUACCUGAACGGUCAGACCGCCUUCAGAUAAGCUAUGAUGGCACGGAUAUCCUUUUCUCCAGGUGGGAUACAUCGGAAUUCGCUACCUUCGAAUGGGAUGACGGCUCCUCUGCAACUAUUAUGAUUGACAGCGACUGGAAAGAUAACCGUUAUGCUCGCCUGCUGCGAACUCGGCUUGUCAAGAUAUAAAUAAACGUCAUCCCGAUUUUUGAUCUGUCUGAACACCAAAUAUAUCAUUUGCGUAGUUGCGGC